ACGAAUUUAAUUUACUAACGAAAAUAACGGAAACGUUCGAAAAUAGUCGAAGAGUUUUAGAUUUUAUGAAAAUAUUUUAAAACUAAUUUCUGUAUUCGUGUUAUAUAAUAACAAUAGUAACAUUAUUUCUAGGAUAAUUAAAACUGCAAAUAGGAAAGUUCAAUAUGACGAAGUAUUCCAGAAUGACGAAAGAGAAUUUACGUCAACUUUGUAAAGAUAUGCAUUUUCACGACGAACCAUCUUUGAACGAUACUUUGUAUUUGCAUUACAAAGGUUUUACGAAGAUCGAGAAUUUAGAGGAGUAUACGGGAUUAAAGAAUUUAUGGUUGCAUUCAAAUAAAAUAACUCGUAUCGAAAAUUUAGAAAAUCAAAAACAACUUAAAACUUUGUUUUUACAAGAAAAUAUAAUUGGAAGAAUCGAAAAUUUACAUCAAUUGAAACACUUAGAAUAUAUUAAUUUAAGUUAUAAUUUUAUUAGAAAAAUAGAAAAUCUCAGUUGUUUACCGAAUCUGAAGAGGCUCGAUAUUAGUCAAAAUCUGUUAUCUACUGCCCAAGAUAUUCGACAUCUUUCCGAGUGUCAAAAUUUGACCAUUGUCGAUCUCUCUCGUAACAGAUUGGAUGGAAUUGAAUUGGUAGACGUUUUGGCAAACACGAAUAAUAUCAUAGAAUUAAACAUGCUGGGUAAUACGAUUACGAGAAGUUUAGCAAAUUAUAGAAUGGUACUAAUAUCCACGAUUAAAAGUCUACGGGAGCUCGACUAUACACUGGUUACCGAUAAAGAAAGAGCGUGUGCCGCUGCUUGGGCGAGAGGUGGAAUAGAUGCAGAGAAAAAGGAAAGAAUUAGAUGGGACGAAAUGGAAAGAAAACAUUUCGAAGAAAGCAUUAAUAUAAUCAAUGGAUACAAACGGGAGAAGAAUGGUAAAGACCACGAAAGAGAUAGUAACAUAGAAUAUACGGAAAUAGAAUCCCAAGAGUUAGAAAGUGCAGAUGAUAAAAAUAUAAUUACUUAUCACCAAUUAGGAAGGAUACAUUACGAAAGAAGUAAAUACUUUUCCGGACAGCAAACUCCGAGAUUGGUCAAAAGGACCGGCAGAUUAGGAAACAAUUAUAAUCUUUGGGAAUUGGGAAGACGUAACGAAUUUAAUAUGAAUAAUUGGCGUAAAAUAGUAAAGAAGACACCGGAAAUCGAUAAAAAAUAUGAAAAUUACAUUUCGUCAUCGAUCGAAUCAAUUUUAAAAGAAGAACCUUUGACGCUAUAUGAAAAAUUACUUUUUUGGUACGAAAGAAUGGACACCGAAGAAGUUAUAAAAUAGAAUUUUGACUUAUUCCGAUCUGCAUAAAAUUCAGUGGUGUACUUUAAGAAGGUUCCGAAUGGCUUUUAUUUUAUGCAUAAGAUACGUUUUUUAUACUUAGGAAAUAUUUCAAAAAAUGACAAUUUUACUUGUAUUUUAUACGAUGACUAAAUAAACGGAUUUAAAAAACUGUUAAUAACAUUCGAU